AUUUUCCCCUGAUGCUGAGACACACACACACACACACGCACACAGACACACACAGCGCACAGGCAGAGGACAGACAGGCGAAGUAAAGGAGAGAGAGAACGUAAAGGAGAGUUUGAAGCGAGGAACUGAGAGAGCAAAAGGAAGAAGAGCAGGAACCAGGAGGCAGAAAGAGGUGCUGUGUGCUGUGUUCAAGUAAAAACACCAACUUAAUGAUAAGCAAUCCCAAACAAGUCCAACCACAUUUUAAAUAAAAAUUCAGUUGAUCAGCUGGAUUUCCAGCAAGUGAAGCAACACCCUGAAACGAAGUAAUCCCAGUAAACCACACGUGCUAUUGGAAACCAUCGGGUGUAAAGUAAACACAUGCUAAAACCUAAAAAAAACAACAUCACCGGUCCAACGAUGGCGCCCAAGAAGAAGGCCUCCCGCCAGAAGAAGCCCGCCGCGGAGGCCGCCGCGGAGGCCGCCACAGUCCCGCUGAAGGUGGAGAGCCUGGGUGACGGCGUGGUGGUGGUGGAGAGCCGGGUGAAGAAGAUCGAGCAGAUGGCGGCGCUGGACAUCGCUCAGCUGAACAGCCUCAAUCUGCCGCUGCCGCCGCCGGUCAUCGCGCCCGGAGAGCGAGGCCUCGGCCUGGGCAGCGAGCUGACCCGACCGCUCCACGGCAACGCCCUGCUGGAGGAGCUCAGCAAGAUGCGGCAGGAGAAGUUCCUGACUGACCUGGAGUUAGCCUGUAAGACGAAAGCCUUCGACGUCCACAAGCUGGUCAUCUCCUCCAUCAGUCAGUACUUCAGGGAGAUUCUGGCCAAAGACCCGGGCAUGAAGCGCCUGGAGCUCCCGUCGCUCUCACCUCUAGGCCUGGCUAACGUCAUCACCUUCGCCUACCUGGGUCGCGUCCACAUGUCCCUGUACACCAUCGGCUGCACCGCUUCCGCCGCCGCCACCCUGCAGAUCCCUCAGCUCCUCAAGAUGUGCAUGGACUUCCUGAUGGCCGAGCUCAACGUGCAGACCUGCGUCUACAUCUGGAACAUCGCCGCCGCCUACGGCCUGACGUCAGUGAGCGAGGCGGCACGCCGCUUCGUCCUGGAGAACUUUGUGCAGUUCGCGGACACGCCCCUGUUCACACAGCUGACCCUAGAGCAGAUCUCCGCCUUCCUGCAGGACGACUCGCUGCUGCUGCCUUCAGAGGUCACAGCCUUCCAGCUGGCCAUGAAGUGGCUCGACUUCGACUCCUCUCGCCAGGCUCACGCCGCCGAGCUGCUGUCCCACGUGCGCUUCGAGACGAUCCCCGCCAGCGAGCUGGUGAGCCAGAUCCAGCCGGUGCCCCGCAUGAUGAUGGACCCGCACUGCCACCGGCUCCUGGUGGACGCCAUGAACUACCACCUGCUGCCCUUCCAGCAGAACACCCUGCAGUCCCGACGCACGCAGGUCCGAGCCGGCCAGCAGGCCCUGCUCAGCGUGGGUGGGCGCCCGUCGCUCACUGAGAGAGCUCUCAGCCGCGAGGUACUAUGGAGGGACCCUCGAGAAGGAACAGCCACCUGGCGUCACCUCACCCAGCUGCCGGCGAAGAGCUUCAACCAGUGUGUGGCCGUGAUGGACGGCUUCUUGUACGUGGCGGGAGGGGAGGACCAGAACGACGCCCGCAACCAGGCCAAGCACGCCGUCAGCACCCUCAGCAGAUAUGACCCUCGCUUCAACACCUGGCUCCACCUGGCCAGCAUGCGACAGCGCCGCACCCACUUCUCUCUGGCAGCCAGCGGCGGCCGCCUGUACGCCAUCGGCGGCCGCAAUGUGGAGGGUCUGCUGGCCACCACCGAGAGCUACCUGCCGUCCUCCAACGCCUGGCAGAUGCGCGCUCCCAUGGAGGUGCCCCGCUGCUGCCACUCCAGCGCCACCCUGCCCUCUGGAGACCUCCUGGUGACCGGCGGCUACAUUAACUGCGCCUACUCCCGCUCCGUGGCGUGCUACAACGUUGACACCGACUCGUGGAGCGAGAAGGCCCCCAUGGAGACACCGCGCGGCUGGCACUGCUCCGCCGCCCUCGGGGGGAAGGUGUACGUGGUGGGAGGGAGCCAGUUGGGGCCGGGCGGGGAGCGGGUAGACGUGCUGUCCGUGGAGGUGUUCUCCCCGGAGAGCAGCGGCUGGAACCGUGCCGCCCCGCUCCCCCUUGGCGUGAGCACCGCCGGACUCUCCCCGCUCGCCGACAAGCUGUACCUGCUGGGCGGCUGGAACGAGGCGGAGAAGCGCUACAAGGCGGCCGUCCAGAAGUACGACCCGGCCACAGACAGCUGGUCCGCGGCGGAGGAUCUGCCCGAGCCCACCGUGGGAGUGUCCUGCUGCACCUUGACCCUGCCGCCCCGCCACGCGCCGCGCCGGCUGCAGCACCGCAACACGCCGGCCAACGAAGAGCAGCCGCAGGCCGGUACAAACCGGAGCAGAGAGAGCAGCACGGCUCCUUCCCAAAGCAUCCACGCGUAGAGCCACAGGUCCCACGGGGAGACUAGAGGAGGGCUGGUUCAACCUCUGGAGAGCAUCUGGAUCAUGUCUGCUCUUUCUAUAUAUGCCACAUUUACAGUUAAAGCUUGUGGAAGUGGAAAGGAUAAUCUACUUAAAAGUAAAUCAAAAUAGAAACAAUCGAAAAAAGAAAUUCCCGUUUUGUAUCAGUCAACUAGAACUAAAUUAUAUUUAAAAAAAACUAAUUAUUUCACAUGUAUUUAAAGAAGAGAAAUAUUUAAUUGUAUAAACUCAAAUGUAUUCAUAACAAUAAUAACAUAACAAAGAAUUACAAUUUUUUAACCUAUCAUAUGUAUUUGAUAUCUGACCUGCAUUAAUUUAAAUUCAAGAGAAAGCUGUAACGUAUAAAACCAGAUACGGAUCUAAAUGUCCGUGUGCCGGUUAUGUAGGAAAGAAAGAAGUCAAAGGUUGCUUGAUCCAAAGUGAUCUCUGGAGGUUUGAUAUCGAAAGAAAGCAAAGGAAAAAUGUGAAUACGAGACGAAUAUGUAUGGUGGAGCAGGUGGAGGUUGAGGUGAUGGAUGGAGGAGAAUGAAUGAGGAAGAUUGGCUUUCUGCGAGUGUUAAACUAUUAAAGGUUUGUGUAAAAAGAUGUAUUUUAGUGGUGUGUAUGUAGCGUUCAACUGAAUAUGUGUGUGUGUGUGUGUGUGAAAUAUGAGCCAAUUGUGACAAUUAGGAUUGACAAAAUGUAGCAGGUCAUCAAUAAACAAGCUUCUAUAAUCGGAUUUAUUUUAUGGUCAUCUCAGCAGUGUUGCUCAACUCUAACAAAUUCUGAAUGUUUAUAAAACAGAAUGACUUAUCUCAUAUAGGCAAUGUGAAAGGUAUGAGGUGAAUACAUGGGGAAGGCAAUGUGAGCUCAACCCAGAAGAGUUAUUAACGAAAGUAAAAUGACGUGCUAAAUGUAUACCGAUGCAGGAAAAUUAAGGAUAUUUAUUAAAUAUAAUAAAAAAAAUGUAGAUAACUAAACCCUUGGCGGUUUUAAACCUUGACUAAUUUUUACUGAAACUAAGUAUCAACUGAAGAACCAGUGAGACGCCAGCAGGAGGAACGAAACAGGCAAUUUUGAGGUCAUGUGAGGUACAUCGGCUCUGUGCUGGUGGUGUCACUGAAUAAAGGCAAAGUGAUCAAAUUA